GGAGACACCAAAAAACGGCCCAUAAGUCAUCAGCGAAUUCUCUUUUCUUCUCUCGAUCUCUCAAUCUUUCAAUCUCUCAAUCACCAGCUCCACUCUUCUGAACUUUGCGAAAAACUCAUCGCAGAGCCCCCAUAAACAAGCCUAGUCCCCAUACCCUACGUCAAAAGCACCACCACAACCACCAACAAUGGCCGAAGGACGCUCUGAGCCCCUCCGCCUGGGCAGCACCGCCCCGAACUUCAAAGCCGAAACCACCGCCGGCCCCAUCGACUUUCACGAGUUCAUCGGCGACAAGUGGGCAAUCCUCUUCUCUCACCCGGCCGACCGCACCCCCGUCUGCACCACCGAACUCGGUGCCUUCGCAAAGCUCGAACCAGAAUUUGCGCGCCGCAACACAAAGCUCAUCGGCCUCUCCGCCGACUCCAUCGAGUCGCACGAGGAGUGGGUCAAGGACAUCGACGAGGUUACGGGUAGCAACCUCAAGUUUCCCAUAAUAGGCGAUAAGGAGCGCAAGGUCGCGCUGCUGUACGAUAUGCUGGACCACCAGGAUGCCACCAAUGUCGAUCAGAAAGGUAUUGCGUUUACGAUUCGCUCGGUUUUCAUCAUCGAUCCUAAGAAGACGAUUCGCUUGAUUCUGAGCUACCCGGCGUCGACGGGUAGGAAUACCGCCGAGGUUCUGCGUGUGUUGGAUAGUCUGCAGACGGGUGAUAAGCACAGGGUUACUACGCCCAUUAACUGGGUCCCUGGCGACGACGUCAUUGUCCACCCAUCCGUUUCCAACGAGCAGGCUAAAGAUCUAUUCCCUGACUUCCGCAUCGUCAAGCCUUACCUGCGGUUCACCCCGCUUGCAAAGGAGAAGACCAGCGCGGCUUAAGUAUCUGACAAGGUGGGGACUUGGUAGGAGAAGCGUGUACAUGUUUUGGGCAAGCCUAUGAAUCUAGUUUCGUCCGUUGUAGGACAUGGGCCAAUAUAUUAAAUUGAUCAUGAUAAUGAAGUAUAUAUCGCUAAAGUACUUUAUCACAUCCUUAUUUCUCCUGUAGCUGGUGAUUUUAUGAAAUUACCUCG